CCCGGGUUGGUGCCGGCUCACGUCCCGACUUGGGUCCGGGCUAAGUCCGGGCUCAGGUCCCAGUGCCCGAAGUCACAAGGCCGGUAGGUAGGGCCCCAGAGCCGGCGAGCCCCAUGGAGCCGCGCGCCGGGGAUGGCAGCUUUUUGGGAGACGUGGGUACGUGCUUCGCGCCGCAGAGGCCAAGGGCACCACACAGGGGCUGGAGCCCAGACCAGGAUAUCAGCUCUUGGGGACAGAGUUUCUGGGUGGAGCGCACCCCUGUGCAUGAGGCGGCUCAGCGGGGCGAGAGCCUUCAACUUCAGCAGCUGAUUGAGAGUGGAGCAUGUGUUAAUCAGGUCACCGUGGACUCCAUCACACCCCUUCAUGCUGCCAGUCUGCACGGCCAGGCCCAGUGCGUGCAGCUGCUGCUGGCAGCUGGUGCCCAGGUGGAUGCGCGCAACAUUGAUGGCAGCACCCCUCUUUGUGACGCUUGUGCCUCAGGCAGCAUCGAGUGUGUGAAGCUCUUGCUAUCCUAUGGGGCGAAGGUCAACCCUCCUCUGUACACAGCAUCCCCACUGCACGAGGCCUGCAUGAGUGGGAGUUCUGAAUGUGUGCGGCUUCUUAUUGAUGUUGGGGCCAAUCUGGAAGCUCACGACUGCCAUUUCGGGACCCCUCUACAUGUUGCCUGUGCGCGAGAGCAUUUGGACUGCGUCAAAGUGUUGCUCAAUGCAGGGGCCAAUGUGAAUGCAGCGAAACUACACGAGACCGCCCUUCAUCAUGCGGCCAAAGUAAAGAAUGUCGACCUCAUUGAGAUGCUCAUAGAGUUUGGAGGCAACAUCUACGCCCGGGACAACCGGGGGAAGAAGCCCUCGGACUACACGUGGAGCAGCAGCGCCCCGGCCAAGUGCUUUGAGUACUAUGAAAAGACACCUCUUACGCUCUCACAGCUCUGCAGGGUGAGCUUGAGGAAGGCCACUGGUGUUCGAGGGCUAGAGAAAGUCGCCAAGUUAAACAUCCCUCCACGGCUCAUCGACUACCUUUCGUAUAACUGAGCUGCAAGCAGGGGCUGGAUAGGCUGGUGACUUGCCUGGCUAUCGCCUCGCUGUGCCUAGCCUUGGGCCCUAAGGAGUUCUGCCUGUUUCUCUGAAACACUGUCGUUGCUAUAGAUAGAUUGACACUGCGCUGUGUUCUUUUUGGCUGUCCUUUUGACGUCUUCCUCUGAACCCUGGAGAACAUCUCUGAAGCACCAGGUGGCCUGUGUCUGAUGUCACAGUUGUGGAUGUAACCCUUGCUAGUCUUCUGGAACUAAUGCUGUCAUUCCAGGCUGGGCUCAGUUCUCCAGCUUUCCUCUUGUCACUGACUUCCCUCAAAGGCACUCAGGACAGACAGUUCAAGGUGCACAGGGAAUGCUGGGAACUCAGGACACUGAUGCUGAUUUUCCUAUAUCUGGGUGCUAUGCCACAGAAGAAGCAUCAGGUUCUAAGCACCUGACCCAGUGACCUGGGAUGACCAUUCUGCUGGCAUUUUGCUACUCGGACAGUCUUUCUGGGGCAGCAGCUGGCACUUUCCAAGGUCUCCCUGCACCCAGGUAUAUCUCUCAGGGGCUUACAGAUCAGAGUGGAGAAGGCUCAGCCUUUGUACCCUGACAUCUAGCAGUGUUUCAUAGGACUCAAUUCUUUUUAAAAAGUUUAUGUUGGGUCUAGAGAGAUAGCUCAGGACCAGAGUUCAGUUCCCACCACCCACACCAGGCAGCUUACAAUGGUCUAUUACUUCAGCUCCAGGGGAUCCGACACCCUCUUCUGGCCUCCUCAAGUAUUCACACAUAUAUAUGUAUAUACGCAUACACACACACACACACACACACACAGAGAGAAGCAUACAAAAAUAGUAAUAAAAUCUUUUUAAAAGAUUUAAAAGUUUAUGUUGGAAAAUCUUUAGAAUAUGUAUACACACAUAUAUGUAUAUAUAUGUCCCUAUGCAUAUAUGUAUGCUGUAACAAGAUUUAUAAUGAGCCAUGUAAACAAUAUAAACAAUAGGUAAUAUGAAAGCCUGUAUUCCCUUGGGUAGUUAUUUCCAGUGUUAAGGGCUGUUAGAAGACUCUUUGAGACAGGGUCUCACCAUGUGACUCUGGCUGCCCUGAAACUUGCUAUGUAGAUUAGGCUGGCCUCGAACUCAUAGAAAUCCACCUGCCUCUGCCUCUUUCAGGAUUGUUGUUCAUUUGUUUCUCUAUUUGCCAAAUGGAGUCUUCACCCACCCUUUAAAGAUAAUUCUUUGAAGCUGCAAAGCUAGUAAAACUGAGUGGCAGUACCCCAGCACCCAUGAAUUCAUUUUUCUUGCUUCUGGAAUGUCUAUCAUGCAUAAGACAUCAAUGCAAGACUUGAAUCAGAUGAGAAUGAGAUUCAUCAAUCAAGGCAGGAAAGGAAAGUGGGCACAAUCCCUUCCUAAAGUAAUAAAAAUGAGCCCUACAUUGUGGAUGAAACAUCAAGUCUUGCAUUUGGACUGAAUUUUCAUGAUUAACAUUCAAUAUUUUUUUGGGGGGGGUGGGUUCAAGACAGGGUUUCUUUUUUGUGUUGCUUUGGAACCUGUCCUGAGACUUGCUCUUUAGAUCAGGAUGACCUCGAACUUACAGAGAUCUGCCUACCUCUGCCUUCCAAAGUGCUAGGACUAAAGGCAUGUACCACCACCACCUGGCAACAUUCUAUAUCUUAAUAAUACUGAUAAAACCCCACAUACAACAGGCAAUACUAGAGAAUUUUCUACUAGUCAUUCUAUACCAAGAAAAGCCACCUUCUUUCUGUUAUAUAUAAGUUCUUAACAAAUCCAUGUUUCUGCAUGUAAUACUAAUAACAAUCACUUUAAAAGGGCAUUGGAUUCUGCCUCUUUCCUCUUUGUAAGAGUCUUGCCUCUAGCAAUAAAGCCCAAUACCAGCUCCAUCCAAUUUAUCUUUUAGUAUAGAAUAGAGUUCCUUCACCAUUAUUGCUCAAUAAAAGUAGCUGAAGUUGUGUCUUAUUUUCAAGGACACAUAUGCCAAGAUGGACUUCAUCCUGUGAAAGUGGAGUAGGGUCACUCCCCAUCAUGGAGACCCGAUGACAAGCAUUUUGGGUCCUGUGGUGACAUUUUGUUUAUGAUCUAACAAAUAAAGCUUGCCUGAGGAUCAGAGUGCAGAGAUAGCCACACUAGUUAGUCAUAGAGGCCAGGCAGUGGUGGCACACACCUUUAAUCCCAGUACUUGGGAGACAGAAGCAGACGGAUCUCUGUGAGUUCAAGGCCAUCCUGGGCUACACAAAAUUGAUAUAAAAAUUUUCUCUACAAGAGAGAGCUCACACAAAGGUGAUCCUGGCAUUUUGGGUCACACUUCUUUAAUUCCAGCAUUAGGGAGGUGGAGACAGGAGUGAUAUGGCUGGGUAGAGAGAGGAAUAUAAGGCAGGAAGAGACAGGAACUCAGUGCAUGUUGAGGAACAGCCUGAGGAUGCAGUCUGAAUGGCAGUCUGAGGACAGGAUCGCCCCUUUGGUCUGAGCAUUGGUAGAGGUAAGAGCUCUAGUGGCUGGCUACUCUGCUUCUCUAAUCCUUUAGCUUUCACCCCAAUAUCUGACUGCGAGUUUUUAUUAUUAAAACCAAUUAGAAUUCAUGCCUCACUAUAUAGCUCUCGCUGUCCUGGAACUCAAUAUAUAGACCAGGCUGGCCUCAAACUCAGAGAUUUACCUGCCUCUGCCUCCCACGUGCUGGGGUCAAAGGCAUGUGUCACUACACCUGGCUCCUUGUCCACUAUUAAGCAGGGCUGUGAUGAUAAAAAGUUUCUUUGCUUCUGUAGUUGCGCCCGAAUUGUGUCAGCUAUAAAGCUGGGGUAACAGUUCAAACUUGAAUCACAAAAAUGAUCUUGACUAACCACCGACUGAUCUUUUUACCCUACAAGUGAGGAAAUGAGACCCAUUAUUUUUGUUGGUUUUUGUGGGGCUGAAGCUAGGUGACUGAAGGAUGCUCAAAGGUAUAUGAUUAUGAUUGAUCUCUGGUCUUGUUGAUGUUUGUAGAUCUUACACCUGUCUAAGUCAUUCUCUUUUGCCUUUGGGAAGCGUCAUAACUUCAGGGGGUACUGUUGACAUCUUGAAACUAUGUGCAGUGGAAAGUUUGGAGAAGAUAUUUACAAUAUAUAAAAUAAGCAACAUAGUAAAAGAUAUAAAACUAGCUGGGCAUGGUGGUAUGUAGUUGGCUUUUUAAUUUUUUUUAACUCUUUGGGGGCCCACCACCCAGCUCCCAAAUAAAUACACAGAGAUUUAUUCUUAUUUAUGAAUGCCCAUCCUUAGCUUGGCUUGUUUCUAGCCAGUUUUUCUAACUUAAAUUAUCCAGUGUCUCUUUAACUACAUUUUGCCUCUGGGCUUUUACCUUUAUUCUGUAUAUCUUUCUUUUCAUUUUACUUCGUGGCUGGCUGUGUGGCUGGGUGGCAGGCCCCUAGCCCCUCCUCCUUUUCUCACUCCUCCCCUGCUCUUCUCUAAAUCUCACCUCCUGUUUAUUCUCUCUGCUACCAGCCCUGCCUAUUCUUUCUCCUGCAUAGCUAUUGGCUGUUUAGCUCUUUAUUAGACCAAUCAGAUGCUUUAGGCAGGCAAAGUAACAAAGCUUUACAGAAUUAAAUAAAUGCAACAUAAAAGAAUGCAACAUGCCUUUACAUCAUUAAACAAAUAUUCUAUAGCAUAAGUGAAUGUAACACAUUUUAAACUAAUAUUCCAUAACAGUGGUACACACUUUUAAUCCCAACACUCAGGAGGCAUAAGCAGGAGGAACUCCAUGAGUUUGAAGCCAGCCUACAUAGCAAGUUCCAGGACAGCCAAGGCUAUAUAUAUAGUAAGAUCUUGUCUUGGCACAAUCACACGAGAGAGAGAGAGAGAGAGAGAGAGAGAGAGAGAGAGAGAGAGAGAGAGAGAGAGAGGAGAGGUUCCCAAGGAGUCCCAGUGUUUUUUAUUUAUUUUUAAUUUUCAUUUUUAUUGUAUAUGUAUGAAUGCUUUGCCUACAUAUGUAUCUGUGCACUGCGUGCAUGCCUUGUGCCAGUGGAGGCUAGAUGAGGGUAUCAAAUGUCUUGGAACUGUAGUUACAGAUCAUUGUAUACAACCAUAUGGAUGCUGGGAAUCAAACUCAGGUCCUCUGAAACAGCAUCCAGUGCUUUUAACUGCUGAGGCAAAUCUCUAGCUAUUUAGAAAAAGGUACUGCAUAGAGAAGCAUCAUCAACAUGCAAAAGACCUUUUUUUAUAAAGAAAUAUAAAGGGGAUAAAGAGAACUGCAUGAUUAUUAUAAACUGGAUUCUUUGUGCUACAAAACAGAGGUUUGAGUUAUGUGAUCUCCGUUCCUCUAUAGGCAUUGACUUAUUUUGGACCUAUUAUUAGAUAAACUAAGUCUGACAGCCCUGGCUAUGCUCCUUGGCUUACAGAUUUGCUCUCAUCUUCUCUAAAGGAAAACACUGGAUAAAACACCAUUCAGGGUUCAGUUCUACUGCUCCUACAUUACUCACCUCUUAGAUGAUUGCAAGACUUCUAUUUUAGAGGUGCCAUAGUAAAGUCCCCAGCUUCAAGCCCUGCCUAAGGUAUUAUUCUGUAUUUGCAUCAGUUACGCCAGCUUGUACUGUGCAGGAGGCUGGACAACCCCAUUCCCGUGUGCCUCCUGGCCUCUGCAGGUUUAAGGCAUGGGGCUGGAGGGGGAAGAAGUGAUGCUGAUGAAUCCAAGAAACUUUAUAUUUAUUUAUUUAUAUUUAUAUUUGAGUGACUUAUAGUCUUCCAGGUAAGGAAUUGAAUCUUAUCUUUUCCUGUGCUCCUGAAAUACUACCUACGAUAAUCCACCCAACUUCUAGGUAAGUCUUUGGAGAGUUGAGAAAUCAUUUAUGACAUAAAGAACACCUUGGCAUGCUUGGUUCUUCCCCAGGUUGCUUGAUUAGAAAGCAGGCUUUCUUCUGGGAGACACCUUUCCCUUCUGAGCAGUGACGUUCUUUAUUCACCAAAGAGGACAUAAAAAUUGGUCUGAGAACAAAGCCCUCCAACUCACUCAUAUUGCAAGCAGCUGAGCUGCCCACAGGCUAAGGCUGUACCACAAAAGCAUUGGCAAGCUGUGAACUGUUUCUGCCAUUUGGACAGCCCCAUGCUUUGUGGAAGGGCCUAGAAGUUAUCCCCCGUCCCUAGAGUCUUUGCUUGCUUUCUUUUUCCUACCCUAGUAGCACAUGGCCUUGAGAGCUAGGCUUCAGUUACACCCUCAGGGAAGUCAUAUUAUUCUGGCAACUUGAAUGAAAUCGUGUUUUCGGUUGGUCCAGUCUAAACAGUGUCUCUGAAAAGCCUAAAGUUUCCAAAUGAUGAAUAAAUGAAGA